CUAUUAAUGUAUGUAAGUAGCAAAACAGAAAAGGAGUGUAGUAGUAGGAUGGCAACUUGAAGAAUUUUGGAAUUCUGUUUCUUUUCUGGCUUUUCUUGUGCAAAUGAGCAGACGAUUAAGGGGAAGGUGACGAGGUUAGCACUGACUACAAAAGAUAAAAAGACGGAAGAUCAAGUAAUGAAAGGAGAAUACGCAUUACUAUUUUUGUUUUCUCUUCUAUGAUUACUUACGUUAAGAAAUGUGAUUUCUGUGAAUAUGAUCUUUCUUUAUCUACUCGUUUUUCCUACUUUAAUCUUAUCAGUUGUUCUGCUAGGCUGGAUCUUUCCAAUCAUUCAUUAAAAGACAACAACAUCCCCAUCUCAUCACCAAUAGCCCCACUUCACUACACUCAACACUGUUAAUUUUCCUAUAUGUAUUACCUGAAUGUUCUCAUUGCUUGUUCAUCCUGUUCCCUUUAUAAAUGCAGAACUCCAAGGGAAUUAAUGAGUGAAAAAACAUAAAAAUUAAUUAAAAUGUCUACAUACCCAGUGAUAGUUGUUGUACUUGUGUGCCUAUGUCACAUGUCUGUGGCAAUGGAGGAGAAGAAAACAUACAUCAUUCACAUGGCUAAAUCGCAAAUGACAGCAACCUUUGAUGACCAUACUCACUGGUAUGACGCGUCCCUCAAAUCGGUCUCUGAAUCAGCAGAGAUGAUCUAUGUUUAUAAAAACGUUGUCCAUGGUUUUUCAGCAAGGCUUACAGCUCAAGAAGCUGAAUCCUUAGAGAACCAACCUGGGAUUCUCUAUGUUUUGCCUGAGCUCAUAUACCAACUACACACAACUCGGACACCUUUUUUUUUGGGUCUUGAUAGAAGACCUGAUAUCUUCCCUGAGUCAGACGCUAUGAGUAAUGUCACUGUCGGAGUAAUCGAUACAGGGGUUUGGCCGGAGAGAAAGAGCUUUGACGAUACUGGAUUAGGACCUGUUCCCGAUUCGUGGAAAGGUCAGUGUGAGUCUGGCACCAAUUUCAGUUCUGCCAUGUGUAACAGAAAGCUUAUUGGAGCGAGGUAUUUCUCUAGGGCUUAUGAAGCUACUCAUGGACCAAUUGAUGAGUCCAAGGAGCCUAAAUCUCCUAGGGAUAAUGAGGGACAUGGAACACACACUGCUUCUACAGCAGCUGGUUCAGUUGUUCAGGGAGCCAGUCUUUUUGGUUAUGCUUCCGGAACUGCUCGUGGAAUGGCCUAUCGUGCCAGAGUUGCCGUUUACAAAGUUUGCUGGGCUAAUGGAUGUUCUAGCCCCGACAUAUUGGCAGCUAUGGACAAAGCCAUUGAUGACAAAGUUGAUGUGCUUUCCUUGUCACUUGGUGGAGGCGCAUUAGAUUACUACAGUGACAUCAUUGCAAUUGGAGCAUUUGCUGCUAUGGAGAAGGGUAUUUUGAUUUCUUGCUCUGCUGGAAAUGCUGGACCUAAUCAAUUCAGUUUGUCCAACCAAGCACCUUGGAUCACCACUGUCGGUGCCGGAACAAUUGACCGAGAUUUUCCAGCAUUUGUAAGCCUUGGCGAUGGUAAAAAUUACUCAGGCGUUUCACUCUAUGCGGGUGAUUCAUUACCUAAUAAGAUGCUUCCCCUUGUGUAUGCUGGUAAUGCUAGCAACGCAACCAAUGGAAAUCUCUGUAUGACGGGUAUUUUAAUUCCUGAGAAAGUUAAAGGCAAAAUUGUUCUGUGUGACAGAGGGACUAACGCUAGAGUCCAAAAGGGUUCUGUUGUAAAAGCAGCUGGUGGAGCCGGCAUGGUUUUGGCUAACACCGCAGAAAAUGGGGAGGACCUAGAGGCUGACGCUCAUUUACUUCCAGCGGCGGCGGUGGGACAAAAAGCCGGCGAUGCAAUCAAGAAGUAUUUAGCCUCAGAUCCUAAUCCAACCGCCACGAUUCUUUUUGGAGGUACAAAGGUAGGAAUCCAACCAUCACCGGUUGUUGCAGCGUUCAGUUCCAGAGGCCCAAAUUCAAUCACCCCGGAGAUACUUAAACCAGAUAUCAUAGCGCCCGGUGUAAACGUUCUGGCAGGUUGGACCGGAGCCGCCGGCCCGACGGGGUUGCCUGAAGACGAUAGACGGGUCGAGUUCAACAUUAUCUCAGGCACAUCCAUGUCGUGUCCACACAUAAGUGGCUUAGUGGCUUUGCUAAAAGGAGUCCACCCAGAAUGGAGCCCCGCCGCCAUUCGUUCCGCGCUCAUGACCACUGCUUACACCGCCUACAAAAACGGAGGAACACUGCUAGAUGUCGCCACCGGAAAACCAUCUACGCCUUUCGAUCACGGCUCUGGACACGUUGAUCCCGUUUCGGCAGUGAAUCCAGGACUGGUUUACGACAUAGACGCCGUUGAUUACCUCAAUUUCCUGUGUGCAUUGAAAUACACUCCAUCACAAAUCAACAGCUUAGCAAAAAGAAACUUCACAUGUGAUUCAAGCAAAAUAUACAGCGCCACAGAUUUGAAUUACCCUUCAUUCGCUGUUUCAUUCCCUGCCGGAACCGGAAGUGCCGGUUCAAAAACAAUCAGAUACAGCCGGACACUGACUAAUGUUGGACCGGCUGGAACAUACAAAGUUAGUGUUUCUUCACCAAAUAGUUCAGUGAAAAUUAUGGUUGAGCCUGAAACAUUGAGUUUCACUCAGAUUAAUGAGAAGAAAUCGUAUACUGUAAGUUUUACUGCUCCAUCAAAGUCCUCAACUACUUAUGUAUUCGGUAGAAUUGAGUGGUCAGAUGGGAUGCAUGUGGUUAGUAGUCCAGUUGCAAUUUCUUGGACAUGAAUUAUAUGAAGACAUAGCUAUAGUUGCUGCUUAUUUAAUGUAAAUGUUCAUGUUUUUAUGCAUUUAAAAGAAACAUGAAAGAAUCAAUGAAAUACAUGCCUUUUACAAUUUCUUGCUCACUGUACAGGGUUGUUUCAUACCAAGUAUUGUAAGCAAUUCUAAUUGUGAAGUGUACCUA